UAUGCAUGUCGUUGGUACUGGCAACUGGAACAGUAUUUAUCAUCAGUGGAAUUUUUUGCAUUAAUGUUACUUUGUAGUUUUUCUUCAUUUUUAAUAAGUAGAUUUUUUAUCCUGACCAUUGAUAAGGUUACACUUAUACCUAUAAGUAUGUAGUGCAAAGUGCGAAAGAAAAAUCAACGCAGUUGGCUUUAAACCAUUACGAGUAUAAUCAAAUUAGACUGGCAGUAUUGAAUUCGACGAGGCAGUCCUAUCCACCGCCAAUAAGUACAAACACCAAUGCCAUAUUCAAAAUGCAAAACUUGUCAAAUUACAAUUCAUUGUCAAUUCAAAAUAGACUCCUGUUUUCACUCAAGGAGCAACAUUUGAGCGAAUUCAAGCAAAUCAUCGAAUCAAACUCAAAUUCUAAAUUCCUCAACGUGAAUUUUUUCUACGAAUUCGAUGGGAAUAACGGUACAUUAUUAGAUAUCGCUUGCCGGAGCUCUGGUAACAGUGAAUUUGUGCGAAUCCUAUUAUCUAAUUUCUCUAAUGUCAACGUCAUAAACCCAAUCACUGGAAAAGCCCCAAUUCACGAAGCAGUCGAGAAAUCAGACACUGAUACCGUGAAUGUAUUAAUAAAAAAAUACUGGUACAGUCAUUGUAAUAUCAACUUGCCAGAUAAAGAAGGGGAUACAGCUUUGCACAUCGUCAUAAAAUUAAACAAAAUUAAUUUCAUGAAAAUCCUGUUACAAAAUCCCAAUCGAAUUGAUAUCAACAUAAGUACUCGUCAGAAUCCAACUCCAUUGCAUUUAGCUCUUCUCCAAGGUAAUUUAGAAGCUGCCAGUUUAUUGCUAAAGUACUCCAACAUCGACUUAGAUUUUCAACAAGAUGCUGAAGGUCGCACUUGUCGUCAAAUAAUACAGCAACAAUAUCAGCAACAAUUCGGACAGCGACUCAGCACCAUUCGAUCCACUUGCGAUAUCGGUUCCAUUUUAUUCUCACUUCUGAAACGUCGCGAAACGCAAUUAUUCGAAAAUCUAGCCAGUCAAGUCGACGUUAGGUUUUUAAAUGAGAAUCACAACGGUUGUCAAACCUACUUACAAUGUGCUUGCGACUUGGGUUUAGUCAGCACUGUGAAUAUGCUUUUGAGCAAAGGAGUCAAUCCUAACAAGACAGUGAGAAAAGAAUCCCUUACUCCUGCUAUGAUAGCUGCUCAUAAUGGCUUCAACAGUGUACUCCAAUCACUCAUAACCAGCCCCAAUAUCAGGCUACAAAUCGUAGAACUGGGUUCAGUGUUGCAUUCGGUGAUCGAGGGAAUGUUCAAUGUGACAGCAGAUCAAAGAGAAGGCUAUCGUAAAUGCCUCCAGUUAAUUCUGAACGAAGCAACACCUUAUGGUGGGCUAGAUUUGAAUUUCGAAGACCAUGACGGAUUCACUUCGCUGUUCCAGGCAAUGAUGUUGAACGAUGAUCAAGUCAUCAAAUCUUUGAUCUAUGCUGGGGCUCGAUUCUAUCAAAUAAAUUACAAAGGGGAAAUUUAUUUGAUGAUUAACUCGUCCUCACUUUCAGGGUACUUGGACAGCUGCAUCAGCUCCAGGAACGAGUCACCUUUUGUGAUCGAUCCUGAAAUCAUUAUCGAUUACAAAGCAUUGAUUCAGCCGAAUGAAAAUUUUGCUGGGAGGAUCGUUUACGAGAUGGAAAUUUUCACUGUACUAGAAAGUUCCCUCGAGCUGAGAAAACUGCUCAAGCACCCUGUUUUGGUGAGCUUUCUUUACAUGAAAUGGCAUCUUGUGAAGAGAUAUUAUUUCAUCAAUUUCGCCAUCUAUUUGUGCUUCUGCUUGAGCCUGAGUUUAUAUAUUUCUUACAUUUAUCACGAUUCUCCGUCCCCUAUGUUGUCUUCAAACUGGAAUUCUGAGGAAUCGUGUUUGAAAAUCUUCCUUUCUAAAUUAAUCGACAACGAUCGAAUGAAACGAUAUAUUAACGAUGCCUUGUCCAAUAUUACGACUUCGCAAAUCGACGAUAAUUUUCAGCAUCCGUCUUUGACCCCUCUGACAUCUUCAAUUUUUAUAUCUUGGUGCACGACUCAAAUUUUCUAUGGGAUUCUCAUCUUUAGAGAACUCUUCCAGUUUUUUGUAUCGCCAAAAUUUUAUUUAAAAUCACCAGAAAACUGGUUAGAAAUGACGGUUAUCUUCAUCUCCGCUGCAUUACUCUACCAUCCCAGGCCACAUCAGCUAUCUCCAUUCACUGCUGUGGUUAUUUUAGCCUCUUGGAUCGAGCUCGUCUUCUUGCUCGGUAGACACCCCUCGUUUGCAACAGAAAUACAAAUGUUUAAAACAGUAAUGUGGAAUUUUCUGAAAUUCAUGACUUUAUAUUCCAGUAUGAUUUUAGCUUUCGCUUUCAGUUUCUAUAUUUUAAUGAAACCAGACCCUGCCGACGACUCAAGCAGCCGAUCUGAUUUCAGCGAUCCGGCCAUGUCGAUUUUUAAAUCAAUCAUCAUGUUGACUGGGGAAUUCAACUUGGAAUCUAUUCCUUUAGGAUCACCAGUCUUAAACUUUAAUCACCUGGUGUUCAUUUUAUUCGUUUUCUUCAUAAGCAUCGUGUUGUAUAACUUGCUCAAUGGUUUAGCCAUCAGUGAUACCCAGGCUAUCAGAGAGGAUGCCGAAUUGGUCGGCAUUGUGUCCCAAAUUAAGCUCAUCUCGUAUUUAGAGCUUCUAUCGAAUCGUAACCCUUUUCAUCACGUUCGUGGUUUAUCUAGGUACACUUGUUGUGGUUCUUUGAAGACGUCGUUGAUUCGAAUCGAACUCAAAUGGUUGUCGUUUUAUCGUCGAAUGUAUCGAGAUAAGAUUUCGUUGUGGCCUCAGUUCGUUGCAGGUACUCAUAUUCGAGUACUGUCGCAUAGAAAGAAUACUGUGCUUUUUCCAGACGCUUAUGACUGGAAAAAAGGCACAUACAGGUAUUCUAAAAGGUAUAAUUGGGAAAUCCACCCCAGUAUAGUGAAACGUGCCAAGGAAAUACUGGAGAAACGUAAUGAGUCCAAUGAAACUGACACUGGCAGUCAGAAAUUACCACCGAUAGACCAUUAUCAAUCGAAAUUUGAUUCCAUUGAAAAAAAUGUUCAAUUCAUUGCCACUGAAGUUCUCAACUUGAAAUCGGAAGUCGGUCUAUUUCAAAAAAAUAUCUUAUCUGGGCAAGAGGGUCUGCAAGAUGUCAUGACUGAGAUACGUGAUUUAAAAAAUAAAAUUGACCAAUUGAAAAAUCAACCGGUAUUCUGAGAAAAUGAAUUAAUAUGAGGGUUCUGAAUGAGCAAUUUUUCUUGUGCUUGUGCCUGAUACACAUUAUUGACAUUAUCAUAAAUUUUGACUCAAUUUUUAAUCAAUUUUUACAACUUUUUACCGACUUCUGUUUAUUCUAUUGGAAAAUGUUUCUUUUGUUUUGAUAUUUUGCAACGUGUAAGGUGUUGCAUUUUUUUAAAAGCAAUUUCAUAUUUUAUGACUACCUAUUCAUAAUAAUUUUAAAAUAAUUUUUGUAAAAUUUUGUAAUUUCUUAGAAUAAAUUUAGAUUUUUUUGAGUGC